AUGGAUUCCGGGAAGGAGAAGUGGCUCAACAAUGCACUUCAGGUGGUCAGUUUCAAGAUAGCCCUGAAGGGGUUCGAAAGGCUGGUCGAACGUACAGCGGCCCAGAAAAAGGAUGAGAAAGCGGGCUUGUUUACCCAAAAAGAAGACAUGAUUAACUAUGAGAAGUUCUUUGCGGAGGUGCAGGACCUCUUCGGCAUGGAAGUGAAGAAUCAAGACGUGAAAUGCUUCUACAGGAAACUCUGCAACAACCCUGAUGUGCCCACAGACUGGUGUGAGAUCUUUGGGUAUUACUCCUCUGAAGAAGACCCUCUUGCUUCCCAAAUGAAUGAAGAAAAUUUGGUUUUCCUUGUGUCUAGAAAACAGCGAGUCGUAAUUACAGGAUGUGACUACCUCUCUCAGCUGAAGCGAAUUGUUGCCACAACAGAAAGGACCAUCAUUGUGUGGGAUUAUAAAGCUCAAGGGAGCAGCCAGGAAAACUACUUCGUCAUAAAGCCGAUGGACCACUGCCUCCUGUGUGUGUGUGUGGUGCCCAUGUCCGACCAGCUCUGCCGCGAUGACAUCCUGCUGGGGGAUGAUGGCGGGUUUGUGAACAAAUUCACCGUGAAUACAGAGGACUUUGGGUUAAAGCAAACCAAGACCAAAAAAAAAGUACAAAAUCAGGUCUUAGACUCCAAGGACUUUAAAAGUGUUAAAAGGAAGCUACAUAAUGACUGGGUUAUGAAAAUUAAAUUUAUUUCAACCCUAAAUUGCUUUGGAUCCUGCUCCUUAGACAGUGUUCAUUCGUUAGUUUUGGAAUCCUUGAAGAAACUUGAGGAUAAUGGGCCUGUCAGGGAGUUUUCCAUGCCAAGAGGAGCGAACACUUUUUGCUACUGUAUAAAAGCCAAUGUCAUUGUCACCGGAGGAGACGACAAGGUGCUCCGGCUGUGGCACCCCAACAUCAGCACCAAGCCCGUGGGGAAGCUCGUGGGGCACAUGUUCAGUAUCACCGAGGUCGUCACCAACGAGAAGGACCAGCUCGUCAUCAGCCUUUCCUCGGCCAAGGUGUUCAGGGUGUGGGAUAUACAGACUCUGUCACUGUUGCAAGUCUUCCAUGACAGCCAGGGAGGACCCGGAGACAUGCAGAUCUACUCCAUGAUCUAUGACGCCAACCACGGCAUGCUCAUUGCCGACAUCAAGGUGUGGGAACUUGAGACUGGCCUCCAAAUAUACCAGAUUCUAGACCCUCACGGCUUCAAUGUUGAACUGACUUCCGCCGCUAUCGAUGACAGUGGAUUUCUGUUUGCCACAGGAGCGUAUAACGGAACCGUGAAGAUCUGGGACUUCGGCAGCGGGCAGGAGCUGAAGGUGCUGCCCGAAGGGAAGGACUGGAAGGAGGAGGAGCACUGGGUGAAGCACCUGGCGUUCCUGAAGGUGCAGGAGAAACACCAGCACCUGCUCCUCGUCUUGGAGCACAACGGGAAGAUCAAAAUGAUGCAGGGUAAAGAAAAUGAUAUUUGUCUCAUUGUGAUAUGGGAGCUACCUGAUGUUAUACCUGUCCUGCAAGAUGGUAAUCAUAUUGUGCGUCUGAAAACGUCUACUACAAACAGUAGUAUGGCUCUUCCCUUCCCAUAUGUUUCGCUGAUAGUUGAGAAAACCCAGUCUCAAGAUGUUCCUAAUCCUGCGGUCAGUUCAGAAGUGAACUGCAUUGAUAUAUUGCAAGUAGAAGGAUAUAAUUUGAUAGCCGCUGGGACCGUAAAUGGUGUGAUCAUCUUAUGGAAUUUUGUAACAUCCACUGUCAAAGAAUUGUACAGACCUGAAGAUUGCUUCACUGUGAAUCUUGACUUGGAUCCCAAACGCUAUAGAGUUAAUGACAUCACGUUCCUCUUCCGUACCCUUGAGUGUGCAAGGAAGACAAGUCAGGAUUCCGUAUGCUCUUCGUCCCAGUGUGACUCUAGUAAGGGUCCUCAGAGCAGCAAGGGAAGCAAGCAGAGCAUACAUGACGGCGAGGGCAAAGGUGAGCAAACGGAUAUCAUUGAGGGGGAGCAACAGCCAGCUGACAAAAAGCACGUUGCAAGCAUCGGUGUGGCCGAACCUCAGCCGCCUGUCCUGGUCACCGCUCACGAGGACGGCCACCUGCGCUUGUGGACUAUCGAGGGACGACUGCUAAAAGACAUGCUGCCUUUUACAAAACAUUCUGCCAUUUCCCUGACAUCACUGAACACCGAUUCCUGUUCCCGGAUCCUGCUGACCAGCAACGUAGAAGGACACGUGAUCCUUUGCAGUGUUAGCUCCUUCCUGGAUCCGCCUCAUGAUGAAAAGAAAUUCAAGCAGCUGCUUGCCUGGCGUGCUCAUUCUUUAGAAAUUGUUCAAGCGAUCUACGUAGAAGACAAACAACUGGUGCUGACAGCCUCUGUCGAUGGCUCCGUAAGGCUCUGGCAUGCCCUCAAUGGUCAUUACUGUGGGUACUUUGGACAGCGAAGGUCCUUUGACCUCGCACAGACAACUGAUUUCAUUUUGCCUUGUGAUGUUAAUGAGUACCCCAUAGAAAUAAAAGAAGAGAGCAAGUUCACAGAAAAUAAACAAAAAUAUGACUAUCCUCUGGUAUUUGACCGGCAAAGGUGGCAGAGACUGAGCUCCAUGGCUUUGCUUUUCAAACGGACGCCUUCCAAGCCCUUUAAAGUGGAGCAUGAUUUUAAGUUUUUCAAGUCUCUUUCUUCUCCCAAGAUUCGAAAGUAUGCCUUGGAAAGUUACUUGACUGAAAACAGAGAGGCGGGGAUUAUUUUUGGUUCUCUGCCCAUAUACAGGGUACCAAGCCCCACGAGUCUGAAAUUCCUUCCGCUCAUUGGCUCAGAGGUCAUAAAGGAAUCUUCUGACGCCUCUCCAGGAAAGAAGAAGGCAGGUCAUGUUCAACAUGAAAAACUGCAGCGGAGGAAAAGUCUGAAGAGGAAUUUAGUCCCACAGAUCAACCUGUCGCCUUUCUUCUUCCCAGUCAUCCCCAAAUAAGAGAAAAAUGAGAGCUGGCUGCCAGGGCCGAGCUGCAUAAAAGCACGGCCUGAAGGAGAGGUCGGGCUUUAGUUCAGGAUGAAAGCGAAGGUCCAUCAGACACUUGUCACCCUCUCUGUACCCUCAGACCCGCUGACGCCUGGAAAAGCUCAUUCGUGGAGCGCAGGUGGCCUCAUCUCUGAACGCCAAGCAAGCUGCCAGCAGCCAGGCGGCCAACAUCUGUCACCCAUUGAAAUGCACUUAAGAGACUGGCAGUGUUUCUUGUGUACCGUCGG